GGUCAAAAUUCCCCAAAACCAAAUCCUUGCUACCCACUACGGUCUCGCUCCUCCAAAACUGGAAGCGAACUACAUCGCUAUUCCUUCAAAACAACGACCUGCUCCUUGCAGCCCCACUUCAGGCCCUGGCUGCUCGAACGUCAGACAUUCAUUUAGAUAAUUGGCUUAAACAGGGGAUCUCCCAAGUCCGCUCUUUACUGACCCCAGAUGGCAUCAAGCCCUUCCCAGACUUAAUCCGGGAAUUCCAUAUCUCUCCACGAGAACUAUUCUCUUACCUCAGAAUAAAAAAUAUUAUCCAGGAAUGCAGGAUUAGCUUGGGGGAACCCGAUCACUUGCCGCCAUUUAUCCGUAAAUGCAUGGGCAAACUACCAAAAACCAAAGCACUGUCCCUAUGCCUUAACCAAUGGGAAACAUACUGCAAAUUAACGAUGUGCUGGUAUCUAGUCCCCACUAAACUGGCCCAUAUCUAUCCGGGAUCUGACGAUCGAUGCUGGAGAUGCCACAACUGCGAGGGGUCCCUCUUCCAUAUAUUUUGGUCAUGCACACACAUCACCACGCUAUGGCGGGAUAUACAUGCACUUCUUCAUAAAAUUCUGGUUGUAAAAGUACCUCAGACACCAGAAUGCUUCCUAUUACAUAUCUUCCCAGAUACCCUCCCUGAAGAAACAAUCUUUUUCAUGAUUCACUGCUUAAUGGCCACCAAAACUGCCAUUGCGCAUAGAUGGAAGUCCCCUCUGACACCAACGCUGCCAGAAAUCUUAGGCAGGCUAGACUCAACUCACGCAUACGAACGCAUGGCUAGCCGGCUGACCAGCAGUCAAAAUAAGUACAAAACACGGUGGCAGAGUUGGGUGGACUAUAGGAAGG